AUGAUCAGCGUGCGUGGAGUUAUUGAAGCCGUGGGAACAGAUAAGAGAGUCACUGGGGAGUGCAGAGAGGAGAGGUGGACCAGGCCUGAUUGCCCGAUGCAGGGAAGGUGUGGCUCUGGGAAGCAGCUGGGCUUUCCCGGCCCGGUCCGCAUGCCGCCUGUUGUGCUCUCAGGCGUUGGGCGAAGACCGACGAGUCUGCGGAGUGCAGGCGUGCCACGGGGGAGGCUCGCCAGAGCCACAAGCAUUCUUCCCGUUUUUAAUAGAGAAACGGGUUCCGAGAAGUGCUUCUCAACUAUCCGGACAGUGAGAGCACAGCGUGGCUGGCAAACCAUAGCUCACGGGCCAAGUCAGCCCACAGCCUGUUUUUGUACAUAA